AUGGCAAUCAAAAUUGUGAUCUCGUCGUUCGAGCAAGCGGCAGGAAUAGGUUCCGCGAAGUCAUACACGUCACUCGCACUGAAGACAAUAUCAAGACAGUUCCGGUGCUUGAAAGAAGCGAUCGCUGGUCAGAUAAAAGCGGCCAACAAGAGCCUUGGCGAGGAAGAUUCUGUCUCUGGGGUUGGGAGGCUUGAAGGGUCGAGGCUCAAGUUCGUAGACCAUCACUUGAGACAGCAGAGAGCUCUUCAGCAACUUGGAAUGAUUCAACAUCCUUCUAAUAACGCAUGGAGACCUCAAC